UCUUCAACUGAAAAAAGAAGAAGAAAAGUGUGAAUGCUGCUGUCGUGACAGUGACGUAACAAGGACUAACACAGGUGACAGCAAUUCAAAGCACCUUUCUCCAAUUUUGUUUGCACCAAUCAACUGAUCAGGUCUAGGAAAGAAAAUGCAAUAAUCUUUAAGUUGAUGUUGUCUUCACAAUGCUUUGUUUCGUAGUUUAAAGUUCUGAGUUGGCUGUGGAAAACUUGGGCAACUGCUUACGCUCCCCAAACAUCAACCGUGCAGUCACAAGUAAAAACUGACAAUACAGUGCAUGUGCCUUGGGAAAGACCUUGUGAGGAACAAAAUCUGACAGAAUCCAAGACUCUCUGUCCAUAUCUAAAGUGAAGAAACGUUGGGAAACUGACAAGGACUGCGAACAACAGUUGACGGCGUAGUGUGGUGUUCUAAUGAAACAAACUUGACCGGAUCCAAGACCUUCUGUCCAAGUUUACGGUGGCUGUGGGGAGACAUUCUGGGACUAUGGGUGUGAAGAGCAGCUCCCUGUACAUGCUGGACUGUCGCAUGUCCGGACAACACAAACAGACGUGUCUGCCCAGAAAGCCUCCCAACUACAACCACAACUGGACAGAGCUGCACUACACGGCCAGUCACGGCAACGUGGAGAAACUGAGGGCUGCGCUCAGGAAAGGUAACUGUGACGUGAACAAGACAGACUACUACGGGAAGACGGCGCUGUACUGGGCGGCGUACAAGGGGCACACGGAGUGCGUAGAGGAGCUGAUACUACACGGUGCUAUGGUUAACAUGCAGUGUAAACAUGGCUCCACACCGCUGCAUGCUGUAUCCAGCCUGUAUCCAGACUGUACAGCACUACUGGUGCAGAAUGGUGCAGACGUGGAUGUGCGAGACAAGUGGGGGGUUACCCCCAUGUACCUGUCAGCCACCGCUGGGCAGCUGGAGUGUCUCAGGAUACUGGUGGACACCGGGGCCAAGAUGACCUACAAGAAUCAGACGGGGGAGAUUCCUAAGCAGCUGGCGGCACACAAGGAGUUCUGGAAGUGGCUGAACCAUCUGUCGCGUAACCCGCGCAGCCUGGCGCACCUGGCGCGGGUGGCCAUCCGCAGGCACCUGGAGGACCACAGGGAGUGUACCGUCGCGCAGCUGCCCCUCCCCAGGGUGCUCACAGACUAUGUCGCUCUCAAAGAACUAGAUCAGUACAUCGAUACGAGGAGCGCCAACAACUGAGAUCCCGCGGCUAAACACCCAGUUUGUGUCUUGAAUGUAAGAAAUGUGACUGUGUCGUUCGACGAGGACCACUUUCGUCCUCAAUGUCGUCCACCAUUCAGCUUAAGAGAUGUGUACUCAUGGGUUGAAUAUGUGAGGCUUAGUGAGAUGGAUUUGUACAAGAAGUGUACAUGUCUCCUGCUGCUCUAAAUCAAGUAGAGGUUCCAGUCUUUGUAUCAAAAACUGUCCUUAAACUGGGAAAACUAUCCUUAAACAACUAACAAUUGACUACUAAUUCCUGUCUUAACUACACACAAAAGUGUAGGCAGUUAGAACAAACAGCUGUUACAAAGUAGAAUCCAUUUUGUAGCCAAACAAGAGUUGGACAGCAAAAGUACUAACAAGUGUAAUGACAGUUCAUCUAUCUAAAUUUUGUAGUCAACAACGAACGAUAAACCAGACAGUGAGUGUGAAUGUGAGUGAUCAUAUUAACGUACAGCCUUCUCAAAAGUCGACCGCCAUUCAAUUCCUAGAUAUGCAUGUACAUGUACACAGACGGGCAAUUUGGCAAGGCAGACUUCUUGGGUUGGAUCCAAAGUUACCAUUUACAAAGGCACACACGAGCUUUUAGUUGAACCGAAAAUCCACUGAACACUAAUCUCUUGGACACAAGUGUACUGGAGCGAACGUGACUGUGAGUGAUGAAUCUUUCACAAAUGCAAAUUACCCGAGAUCUGAAACAGAGAUGUGCGCAGAGGAUGAUCUGAUAGGGACCGACAGAGUUAACGUUAGAGAUGAGCACUGGAUAACCACCUGUCUUACUGAGAGCUGCCUGUAUGUAUGAGGUACUAUCUACCCCGGUAUCUGUACCAUACAUGGCAGGGUGUGUGUGUGUGAGCAAGAUACAUCACUGAACAUUCCACAAUAUAGAAAAAUUUGGUAAUGCUAGUUCACCUUUAUCUGUGGGAUAACAUAUAUCCAUUGUUUUUAAAACAGGGUAUUUAGGGAAUCCGAUCUCAAUUGAUCCACAGAUAAUGACUCUAAAUUACAGUAUUUUCAAAAUAUUUUAGAAAUAUUGCAUUUUGAAAUCACCUUUUGUCGACAUGAUAUCACAGUACUGUUUUCAAAAA